AUGGCCCAGCUCCAAGGAAAAGUCAUCGCAAUUACCGGUGCAGCAUCGGGUAUCGGGGCAGCCACGGCCCUCGAAUGUGCCGCGAGAGGCGCUGCUGGACUGUCGCUAUGUGAUGUCAACGAGGAUGCCUUGAAAAAGGUGGUGGACCAGAUACAGGCCAAAGGGGUCAAGGUAACAGGAAAACGAGUCGACGUCUCCAGUUCGGAACAGGUUGAUGCAUGGAUUGCCGAAACAGUCAAGGAGUUUGGCCGUCUGGAUGGCGCCGCCAACAUCGCGGGCGUCGAGACAAAGCCGGGCGGCAAGGUCUUUUCCAACAUUGUCGAUAUCAGCAACGACCACUGGGACUUUAUCAUGAAGAUCAACCUCACGGGUCUCUUUUACUGCCUUCGCGCGGAACUCCGUGCUAUGGACCGGGGUGCCUCGAUCCUCAACGUUGCGAGUAUGGCUGGCGUCAUCGGUCGUCCUGGCAUUGCCGCCUACUCGACCAGCAAGCACGGUGUCGUUGGUUUGACGAGAACUGCAGCCAAGGAAGUCGGCGAGCGCGGCAUUCGAGUCAACGCUCUUGCUCCGUAA